AUGGCGCUCAAAAGUAAUGAGACACCUACUCCAAUGCAUCCAAGUGAAGUUUCUUUGGGAAAAGGGCCUCUAAAUCUGAGGAUAUAUUCAACACGCCGCGAGACGACUCCUCGUUGUUUGAAGAAUCUUUAUUCAAAUGCGAGUCAAUACUUUCAUCAUCACCUUGUGUGGGCGAUAAUGACCCUUCAAAUGAUUUCUUUGCUGACAGACAACUUUGAAAUGGGUUCAAUGAUCACGAGAACAUCAAACGAAAUAGAAAGUGUUAAAGAUAUUGCCAUGCAUUUAAGUUUGAGAAAAAAGGUCAAUGGUUACAAGCGUUCAGCUCAAGCACAAUUAAAAGCGGGUCUUUUACUUAAAUUUGAUCUUCAAGCUGCUUAUAAAUACUUUUUUGAUGCAGCAAAUCAGGGAAUCGCAGAAAGACAGUACCUUUACGGUGAACAAAAAUAUGCUGAUGCCAUGAUAAAUUACGGCGAGAUCUUGAACGAAGGAAAGUUUAGGGUGAUACAGGACUAUGAACUUGGUGAAAAUGGGAAAGGAGGCUAA